AUGGAGAAGUCAACACCCAUUGAUAGGAUUAGCGACUUUUCUGAUGACAUAUUGUGUCACAUACUCUCUUUUCUUCCAAUCAAAGAUUCUUUCUCCGCAACUAUUCUCUCCAAAAGAUGGUCCUCACUCUUUAAAUUACUCACAUGUCUCCAUUUCCAUGAUGAUUCCGUCGACAACGAAGAGUCUUACCUUCACUUUUGGCAAUUCGUCGAUAAAAUCACACUCUCCACCCGACUUAUCAAAACGAUCCACCUCUCAUAUUCCAGCCACUAUGACGGUUUCAACUUCCAACGUUGGAUCGAAACUAUAAAACGGCAUCCAGUGGAGAGUCUCCACAUCAGUUGCUAUGUCCCUUUACCAUCGAGUAUUUUUAGAUUUCCAACACUCGUUGUUCUCAAAUUGUCGAGGGUAGAGAUGGCGGUUGAUAAUAUCUCUGUUGAUCUACCAUCGCUCAAAACCCUUCAUUUGCUUCGUGUUAAAUUUGUAAAUAAGGACGAUUUCAACAAUCUUCUUAAUGGGUGUUCCUUUUUGGAGGAUUUGAAACUUCAUUGCGGCAGGGGUUCUCUUCCUGGUCCUGGUCCUGGUCCUGGUCCAACUGUCAAAUCUUAUUACAAGGACUGUCCUGUACUUCGAAACUUAAUCCACCUUGAAUUAAGCAUUACUAACCUUGGACGCUUGGAUGAUGUCGUGGAACUGCUCCAGUAUUGCCCCAAACUUCAAAUUCUUUCUUUUUCAAAGUGGAAAUAUCCAAAUUCUGUUCCUGAAUGCAUUUCAUCUUCCCUCAGAUCAUUUACUACAAACUAUGAAGGUUGGGAAUAUGAUGAACUUCGAUUUGCAAAAUACGUUUUACAAAAUGCACGACUUUUAGAGAUCAUGAAGAUUGACAUGAGAGUUACCAGCUUAUAUCCAAGGCCAAAUCGGUUGCUUGUUUUAGAAGAAUUGUCCUCGUCUCCAAUGAUUUCUUCCCGAUGUAAACUUUUGACGAUUCCAUAG